AUGAAUAAUAGUGCGGCCUUUCACCAAGAACCAGGUGAAGUAGAAGUAGAAGGGGAUAGAUGGGAACUUCAAGAAAAUAGCAACGUAACCCUUCCCCCGGACAAUCGAAAAUAUGAUUCAAACAGAAAUGAAACACUCGAUAGCGAAAAUAACCACUCUAUCAAGCUCCUGCGAAUAAACUCAAUGACCUCCAGACUAAAGAGGCCUUGUAAAUUUUUUUUCACGCCUCUCGGUUUCCUGAUCACUAUUUACGGUCUCAAUAUUGUUGCUUGGGGUGGAAUGCUCUUUUUACUUCUUUGCAAUGCCGCACCAAAAAUGUGCAAACCCUCUUGCGACGAUAUUAACUCUGCCCGUAAUAUCUGGAUCGAAAUUGAUUCACAGGUUCUUAACGCGCUCUUUUGCGUCACUGGGUUUGGCACGAUCCCGUGGCGAUUUCGAGAUCUGUGUUAUCUCAUGCAAUAUCGUAUUUACAAAAAAAGAAUCGGCUUGAGGAGUUUAGCAGGUAUAAAUCGAAGUUGGUUCCGACUACCUGGUAGUCAAGAUAUUCUGGCUGAUCUAGGACCUUGUGACGAACAACUAGCCACUGUAUCGGAGACUGUACUUCCUUUUCCCGUGUCCAAAACUCCCGAUGCUCCCCUUACAGGAGUCCGAGCUUCACCGACAGCGACUUGGAAGCUUGAUUUUGUUAUCUGGGCCAUGGUAUGGAAUACUAUUUUCCAAGCUGUACUCUCAGGUUUAAUGUGGGGUCUAAAUCGUUUGAAUAGACCGGGCUGGUCAACAGGGCUGUUUGUAACCCUUGCGUGUCUUUUUGCGGGCGCAGGCGGUUUAAUGUGUUAUGUUGAAGGCAGAAGGGUUAAGAAAGUUGAGGGAGUUAGGGUAAGGUAA